AUCACUUAAUCGUUGUGUCAUUUGAGGUAUUAUAAAAUCUUGAACAGUUUGUUUAACGUUUGGGGUUUUUUUUCCAGAUGAGUGGUUGAACAGUGUUGUCAUUCUUACUGUAGAAAUAGGUUUCAGUCGUAAAUUUAAAGGCCCCGAACCUCAUUUAACGAAUGAGUAACCAAUUUUACAACGUAAACAAACUGUGGUUGAUAUUACUUGUAUACAUACCUUCAAAUACAUAAAAUGUGUUAGAUUAAAAGGGAUUUUUUAAUGAUAAUUAAUUUCAUGUAUUUUCAUAUUUUACAGACAACAUCAUGCCUGUUUCUCAGUUUACCUGUGAAGAUUGUGGCAAAAGCUUCACACGUCAAUCGAAUUUACAUCGACAUCGAAGAACUACCCACCAUGUAGACACUUUCAGCUGUUCUACCUGUGGGAGGCGUUUCAACAGAAGGGAUAAUUAUCUACGCCAUACAAGGAAUCAUAUUAGAAUUCCAGAUCAAGGAUCUCCACCGAUAGUUGGUUCUGAACUAUUAACCGACUCACAAAUCCAAGAAAGCAUCCAAAAAGAAAAUGUGUGCCCCAACUUUCAAAAUCAAGUGGGGAGUGGCAUACCACCAAAUGACCCUCAAGGUUCUCAAUUUGGUGAUACAAGAAAUGAUAGAGAAGACUGCAUCACUUCAGAAGAAGCUAUUCAUGGGAACCUGAAAAAGAUAUCCAUAUCGGCUGACGAUCAAACCAAAUAUGACCCUUUGACAUUUCUCAAAUCGAAAGAAGAGAAAGUGAGAUCUGUCCUGCAGAACGAACGCACCAAACGAAAAAGAAUGAAGUUUUACCUCACCUUACAAGUGCGUUUCACCAAGACCAGAGGGGAUCAAGUGGAAGUUGCAGAGCCUCACUUCCACGGACGCUGCCACAUAGUAUUAAACAAUCAAGACAUCGAGCAUGCUCUGAGGGAAAGUAUUAUGAAGAUUGUGAACUCUUUCAUUGAAUAUCAAAGAGAAGGGAGUAACUGGGCGCUGGACAAAGUCCUCGGAGUGAGCAUUCAUGUAGUCCAGUACAACCCGAUCAAAGGUUCCAGUUACCUUCCGUUACCAGCUAAACUCGCCAGCAAGAAAGCCAUCAUCAAUGUCCAGAAUACCGAUCAAAAGUGCUUCAUGUGGUCGGUGUUGGCUGCUCUUCAUCCUACAACGGGGCAUCAUGGGCAUCCAAAUAGGCUGAACAACUACAUUGCUUUUCAAGAAGAAUUGGAUUUUACCGACAUGACCUUUCCCGUCCGCGUGUCUGAUAUCCCAAAAUUUGAACAAAAGAAUGGAUUAUCCAUCAAUGUUUUCGGCUACGAUAAGAAUGAAUUCUACCCUCUCCAUCUCACCAGAGAGAGAGGGUUAAAACAUGUUGAUCUUCUCGUCCUUGACAGAGGAGAUAAUUCACAUUACUGUUGGAUCAAAAAUUUCAACAGACUCAUGGGAGACCAGAAUGGAGAUAAUAAUCAGUAUCAUUACUGUUACUAUUGUCUCCAUGGAUUCACCAAAAAGAAACUCUUAGAAGAACACCUACCUUACUGUCAGGUCCAUGGCGCCCAGAGGACCGAGAUGCCGAGUGAGGAAGAGAAAUGGCUAAAGUUCUCCGACGUCUCCAAGCAACUCAGAGUGCCGUUUGUAGUGUACGCAGAUUUCGAAUGCAUCUUAGAGAGGCAAUACGGAUGCCAACCGGACCCUAGCAAGUCGUCCACCAUUAAGCUAGCGAAGCAUGCACCCUCCGGAUUUACAUAUAAAGUCGUAGGACUUUCACCAGAGACCACAGAAAAUCAUGUGACCUAUCGUGGCCACGAGGCCGUUGACGUGUUCGUUGACCAUAUGAUCAAACUCGAGGGGCGCCUUUUGAACAUGUUGCGCAAUCCCAAACCCAUGGAAUUGUCCGAGGAAGAGACAAAAGCUUUACGGGAAGCGACUUUAUGUCACAUCUGCCACGGAAAACUAAGGAACGAUACCGUUCGUGAUCACUGUCAUGUGACGGGAAAAUUUCGUGGUGCAGCUCAUAGUUCCUGUAAUCUGAAUUAUCGGUUACGUGAGCGAAUUCCCGUAUUCUUUCACAACCUCAAAGGCUACGACGCUCACCACAUUAUGAAUGCCAUCGGCAAGUUUAAACAUAAAAAGAUUAACUGCAUCCCCCAGAACCACGAGAAGUAUAUUUCGUUUUCGUUGGGCAGGCUAGAUUUCGUGGAUACGUUUCAAUUCAUGUCUGCCUCUCUAGACAAACUUUCCACCAAUCUAGCCAAAGAGGGCAUCCAUAAAUUUCCUCAUCUCAAAGGUUACGUCGCAUCCAUCCAUCCCGAAAACCAGCAGACCAAGCUCCAACUUCUCAGAAGAAAGGGCGUGUAUCCUUACCGUUACAUGAACUCCGUCAAGCGAUUUGAAGAGACGUCACUGCCACCACAACAGGCUUUCUACAAUGAUUUAGAUGGCAAAACCGUGUCCGACCAGGAUUACUUACAUGCACAGCGGGUUUGGGAUGUCUUUAACAUUCAAAAUCUAGGGCAGUAUCACGAUCUGUACAUGGAGACAGACGUUCACCUGUUAGCAGACGUGUUUGAGAAUUUUCGUGACCUUUGCAUUGACAUGUAUGGUCUCGAUGCGGCUCAUUUUUAUACGGCUCCAGGACUGGCUUGGCAGGCUGCCUUAAAGAUGACAGGGGUUGAACUAGAGUUGUUGACCGACCCGGAUAUGCAUCUGUUUGUGGAAAAGGGGCUCAGAGGAGGCAUAGCCAUGAUUUCAAAAAGGUAUGCAAAAGCAAACAACCCCUAUCUCAAUGACUAUGAUCCAAGGCAACCCUCAAACUAUUUGAUGUAUUUAGAUGCCAACAAUCUGUACGGGUGGGCCAUGUGUCAGCCACUGCCCACUCAUGAUUUUUGUUGGCUGACGACUAAAGAAAGAGAGACCCUCGACAUAAAUGCCAUCCUCCAUGAGGGAGACACUGGUUACGUUUUUGAAGUCGAUCUAGACUAUCCCUUGGCAUUGCACGACAGCCAUAGCGACUAUCCUUUAGCUCCCGAAUCCUUCAAAAUUGAGCCUGCGAUGCUUUCGAGUUAUCAGAAAGAUCUUUUGACCAAGCUUGGAAUGAAGGAAGGUUCUUGUACCAAGCUAGUCCCCAAUCUUUUUGAUAAGAAGAAUUAUGUCGUUCACUAUCGGAAUUUGCAACUCUACCUCGCGCUGGGGAUGAGGCUUACUAAAAUUCACCGGGUACUGUCUUUCAAGCAGAGUCCCUGGCUAAAAGCCUACAUCGAUUUCAAUACGAGCAAGCGAAAAGUUGCAAAAAACGAGUUUGAAAAAGAUUUUUUCAAACUCAUGAAUAAUAGUGUGUUCGGCAAAACCAUGGAAAAUCUGCGAAAAAGAGUGGACAUUCAACUCGUUCACCACCAGAAAAGGCUUUCAAAGCUCUCGGCCAAACCUGGAUUUAAAUCCUUCAAGAUCUUCAAUGAAGAUCUGGCCUCUGUGGAACUAACCAAAUCAAAAUUGGUUCUAAAUCGACCCAUUUACGUGGGAUUUUCCAUUCUGGAACUUUCCAAGGUAUUGAUGUAUGAAUUUCACUACAACUACAUCAAGAAAAGGUAUGGUGGGCGUGCAGCUCUCUGUUUCACAGAUACGGACUCUUUAUGUUACGACAUAUCUAUCGAGGAUGUGUAUGUCGACAUGAAGGAAGACCACCAUUGUUUUGAUUUUAGUGAUUACCCAGACACCCAUUUUCUUCAUAGUAAUCAAAAUAAGAAAGUACUCGGGAAAAUGAAGGAUGAAUGUCAAGGUCAUGUCAUGCGAGAAUUUGUUGGCCUUAAACCCAAAAUGUACAGUUUUGUUUACGAAACUCAAAACAAGAAUGAAAACGUUUGUCAAGAAGAAAAGAAAAGAGCUAAAGGAGUGAGUAAGGUGGUCGUGCAAUCAAACAUACAACACGAGAACUAUAGACAGUGUCUAUUGAACAGAGAGUUUCAGAUGGAGUCGAUGGUGACGUUUAGAUCCUUUAAUCAUCAAAUAUUCACCAUCGUUCUAAACAAAACCAGCCUGAGCCCCUUUGACGACAAAAGGCAUAUUCUAGAGGAUGGUAUUCACACCUUAGCUCAUGGUCAUUGUAAGACAUCUCCUGUAUAA